UGGUGCUUUGGUGGAAUGUUUUUGUUGAUCAUCUGUUUACGAAAAUGGAUUACGAGAGUGAAAAGGUUUUAAAAUUCAUCUUUCCGGACGAUUAUGAAGAACUUGCGGCCCAAGACACAACCGACGUGGCCGAUUACCUGCACAAGCUCGGCACGUACAAGGCGGAAGAGCUGAAGAAGGAAAAGGUUCGCCUGCAGGACGAGCACCGGCAGAAUGUGGAGCAGACGCAGGACCUUGCCAUCUCGAACUACCACACGUUCAUCCGGACGGCGGAAAGUUCUCGCGAAAUCUAUCGCGAGUUUGUUGCGACGGAGCAGAAGCUCGAUUGUCUCGGUGAGAAGUGGCCCAAAUUCAUUGCCGCCUGCCAGUCGUUCCAGCAAAGCUCGGCCGACAUCAACGCGGCCCGGCGGCUCAACUCGUUGACGCUGAUGCGAAACGCGGAACUGCUGGAGAUUCUCGAGCUGCCCCAGCUGAUGGACAGCUGCAUCCGGGAGGGAAAGUACGAGGAAGCGCUGGAGCUGUCGGCGUACGUGCAGCGGUUGGCAACGAAGCAUGGUAACAUUCCGGUGAUUGAGAGUAUUAAUGAAGCGGUAGAAUCCGCCUGGCAUACGAUGUUAAUGCAGUUGCUAGCGCAGCUCCGCACCGAUCUGCAGCUCCCAAAGUGCCUCCAGGUGGUCGGCUAUCUGCGUCGAAUGCAAGCCUUCUCCACCUCCGAGCUGAAGCUUAAAUUCCUACAAGCGCGCACCAGCUGGCUGAAGGAUCUGCUUGCGUCCAUUCCGGAUGAAGACGCACAUCUGCAUCUCACGAAAACGAUCGAGGCGACAAGGGUGCAUCUGUUCAACAUCAUCACCCAGUAUCGGGCAAUCUUUCCCAUCGACGAUGCCGAAGACGCAUCGUUCCAGCUGCACGGCGCCGGGGGACAAGUCACGGCCGACCAUGAACGGUUGGCCGGUGAUGAUGGUAAAAUUUUCCACAGCUGGCUGCACGACCAGAUCAUGGACUUUGUGCGUACGCUCGAGCGCGAUCUUGCCUCGAACGAUAUAACCUCGUACGACACGAUCCUCGGCCAGUGCAUGUACUUUGGCCUAUCGUUUAGUCGCGUCGGUGUCGACUUUCGAGCCCUGGUGGCACCCGUGUUCGUGCGCGUCAUCGGUGAUGGGUUCCGGGCGGCCAUGGUUCGCGUGACGGCACAGUUCGAGCGUGAAAUCGAACGCUACACGCUGAUCAACAAAGUGCCCAGCAUGAUCAAGCGGCAGCGGGAGGAUCUCCGGGCUGGUGCGUCGUCCGAAGAUACUGCCGGAUCGGUACAACCGCCGGACAUGCUGCUCGACUUCGAACCGCUCGCACUCUACUGCAACGAACUGUUGAGUGUGUUCAACGAAUUGCGCCUCUGCUCGCCCAUCGCACUGGCCACGCGCGUAACGGAGCUGGUGGAGGGGUCGCUGGAGCAGGUUUGCCGUGGCAUUCUCGGGUUCUACCGGCAGGAGCAGCAGGCCUUCGCACCGACCGAGCGCGAGUGCUUCAUCAGGUUGUGUUCGUGCUUUGCCUACGACCUCAUCCCGUAUCUGCAGCGGUGCAUACACGUCAUUUUCCCCCCGGCGACCCUGGCCAGCCAUCUGGGCAUCAAUGUGCUCACGCUGCAGAAACACGGCAUCACGUAUUUGAGGCAAGUGAAAAUUCUCGAACCGAUCGCCUACCUGCUCCCGGAUCGGAUCGACACGGUGAUCAAGCAGGUGGCCGAUAUGAACGUGAAUCCUGCUGUCGAGGAGUCGGUGAGUCGGGAAGAAGCCAACGUGGACGUUAGUGUUACUGAUCAAUAA